GCUCCGGAAGCGGCUCGGCCAUGUUGGUGGGUGACCCCGGCAGCGGUGCCGGGAGGCAGGCGGCGGUGGGGUCCGCCGGUGGGCAGCGGUUGCCGUGAGGGUCUGGUCCGGCACGGUUGCCGUCCCCGCGAACAUCCCCCAUGGCAGCGUGGUCCCGGCAGGCUGUGCUGAACCUCUACCGCGCUCUGCUGCGCCAGGGUCGUGGGCUGCGCUACACCGACCGGGAUUUCUACCUGGCUUUCAUUCGCCGCGAGUUCCGCAAGAACCAGGGGCUGCAGCGGCUGGAGGACAAGGAAAGGCAGUUGGAGAAGGGGCAAGCUUUCCUGCAGAGCAAGCUCGGGGGCCUGGUCUAGAGA